GUUCGACCCACUUCUGUCUCCGACGGCGACGAAUUUGCUUCCGGAUCGAUCGAGAGUUCGUCAUAUUUCAGAGAAUGGGCAGCCUGGAGGCUGGAGGUACAGUUUACUGCUCUCCGCUGCCAGCAUACCAGUGUGUUGCAUGUCGCCAUAGCGUCGCCGAGCCCUCGAAAGCUAGGCACUUCUUCGCUACAAGACCGAGUUAUGGGAUCCUGGUCACCCAUAGUUGUUCGAUCCGGCACAAGCUCUGUGCGACGGUCUGUAGCCCUCAAACGAUGUUAUCACCCACCUACUGGCGAUUCGGGCAAGACACCAGUAGCGCUGCAGAACGCUGCUGACGAGGCCUUCCAUCCACCGGAGGGCCAGGCCCGUCUUCGAUUCGCACCUUCACCUACGGGGUAUCUUCAUCUCGGAGGUUUGCGGACUGCGCUGUUCAACCACUUGUUUGCUCGAAAGUGGAAAGGAAAGUGGAUCUUGAGGAUCGAGGAUACAGAUCGGACUAGAUUAGUGGAUGAUGCGAUAUCCUCAAUGCAGCGGACUUUAGAUUGGGCUGGUCUAGAUUAUGACGAAGGUCCGGGUCGAGGUGGAGAUGUGGGGCCAUAUAUUCAGUCAGAAAGAAGAGACCUAUACAACCAACAUCUGAGCACCCUCCUAGACAACGACAAGGCAUACCAUUGCUUCUGCUCGCCAGACGAGCUCUCCGAGAUCCGAAAGGCCCAACAAGCCAAAAAGGCGACGGCGAGUUAUGACGGAAGAUGCAGGCAUUUGACGGAAGAGGAUGUCGCUCGACGGAAACGUGCUGGACACAAGUUCGUGGUCAGAUUCAAGGAUCCUGGAGACGAUGCCGAUUUGCCCCCUGACAUGAUCUUUGGGCCUUACCCGUCAACGUCCUCACCCGCUACAUCCUCCUCGUCCUCCUCCUCCUCGAAGACCUGGUCCCGCCCUCAAUCACCAACCUCGGCUCUCCUUGCACCGAGGAAUUCCUCUGGCUUGAUGACCCAAGCCAAAGGUUUCAGAGGUCCCGGUAGCUUUUCCAACCGGGACAAGGAUCUGGAUGAUUUCAUCUUGAUGAAGGGGGAUGGGUACCCGACGUAUCAUUUCGCCAACGUGAUCGAUGAUACGACAAUGGGGAUCACACAUGUCUUUCGUGGAGAGGAAUGGUUGCCCUCGACCCCGAAACACUACCAGAUCUAUCGAGCGCUCGGCUGGAAUGCGCCGCAUUUCGCGCAUCUUCCCUUGCUCGUCAACCCGGAUGGUACCAAGCUCAGCAAACGGACAGGCGAUGUCAGCGUGGAGGCCUACGAACAAAAAGGUUACGAACCUUCGGCGUUGAUCAACUUUUUAUCGCUCAUCGGGUGGGACCACCACCACCCAACAACCUCAGCGACCCAACGACCUUUCUUCCCCAUCGAUCCCGCCUCACUCUCUUCCGCCGCCUCUCAUGACUCUUCCUCUUCUUCUUCGUCUUUGACCUCGGGACUGGACAUGACCUCCCUAGACCUCAGGAAAGAUUACAACUCCUUCUCCGAGCUAUACACGUUGGACAUGCUCGUAGAGAGUUUCUCUCUAGAGCGGGUGGGGAGGACGAGAGGGAGCGUGUUUCUGGGUAAGUUGGAUUGGCUGAACAAGAUGCACCUGAAGAGGGUGGGGAUGAUGCACGAGGGAGGUGAAGUCAAGGAGGGGAAAGGAAGGGAGGGGUUGGUCAGAAGGGUCAAGGGAAUGUUGAAGGGCAAGGACGUCUUUCAGGGAUGUGCUCGAAUCGAGGAUGACGAAUUUGUAGGCAAAGUGCUGGAUAUCGAGCUGCCCCGAGCGACGGUCCUCUCCGAUAUUCCCUCUCUGUCCGUGUUCUUCUUCCUCCGCCCCAACCUGUCCAACCCAGAGACGCUGGGGAUGUGGAAAGAAUGGUCGGGAUCGGGAGAGGUGCGGUAUACCGAGAUAGUCGGGUUGGUCAGGAAGAAGUUGGCUUCGUCGUCGUCAUCGACCUCUUCGGAGAAAGACGUCGACACGGAGACGGAAGAGUGGAUGGACGGGGUGAUCGAGAGUGUGACGCAAGAGACGGGGAUGAAGCGGAGUGGGGUUGUCAAGGUGCUCCGACAUGCGUUGACGGGGAGAAAGAAAGGACCAGCUAUACCGAGCGUCAUGGCUGUACUGGGCAGGGAAGAGUGUAUAGGACGGUUGGAGGCUGUCGAGGCUUGGUUGGAGGUUGCGAGAUCGUCGUGAGAGAGAGAGGAUCGACGAUGUACUCGUGAUGUAGAACGUGUUUUGCUUCCGAUCGACCUGGGCGAUCAACAAAAGGGAGAAAGGGAGGGCAUAUUCCAUCAUUCUAAUGUCCAUACGUCCAUGUAUCCAUGUCAUCAUCAUCAUCGCCG